GCAGCAAAAACUCUCAGCUCUUCCUGUAAGCGGCGAAAGGUGACCCGUGAAGAUGGUUCGCUACUCUCUUGACCCAGAAAACCCCACGAAAUCUUGUAAAUCACGAGGCUCAAACCUUCGUGUUCACUUUAAGAACACGCGGGAAACUGCUCAGGCCAUCAAGGGCAUGCACAUCUGCAAAGCUACCAAGUACCUGAAGGAUGUCACUUUAAAAAAGCAGUGUGUGCCCUUCCGUCGGUAUAAUGGUGGAGUUGGGAGGUGCGCCCAGGCGAAACAGUGGGGCUGGACACAGGGACGGUGGCCGAAGAAGAGUGCAGAGUUUUUGCUGCACAUGCUUAAAAACGCAGAGAGUAAUGCUGAGCUUAAGGGUUUAGAUGUAGAUUCUCUAGUCAUUGAACAUAUCCAGGUGAACAAGGCACCUAAGAUGCGCCGACGAACCUACAGAGCUCAUGGCCGGAUUAAUCCAUACAUGAGCUCCCCCUGCCACAUUGAGAUGAUCCUCACUGAGAAGGAGCAGAUUGUUCCAAAACCAGAAGAGGAGGUUGCACAGAAGAAAAAGAUAUCCCAGAAGAAACUGAAGAAACAAAAGCUCAUGGCACGGGAAUAAAUUCAGCAUAAAAUAAAUGCAGAUAAAAGUAAA